UAUUCGAGGAUCGAGAAUGGAUGGGGAUGGGUCGCUCUCUAACGGCACCAAGAUAAAGGUGCCAAACGGAUACAUAAAUGGGUAUGGACAUCAUCAGAAUGGUCACAUUAAAGGACAACAGAAAGAUGAGCUGUCAUGGAAGGAGAAGUUUUAUGAGUCUUUUGAAGAAACACCACUUGUGAUAGCAGUGUUGACAUACAUUAGUUAUGGAGUACUUGUUUUAUAUGGACAUUUCCGUGAUUUUCUUAGAAGCUAUAUAUAUCCCUCUGAAACCCUUCCUACAGCUAAGGAUUAUUUAAAGGGGUUUGUACCACUCUACCAGAGUUGGGAAAGUUUUUACACACGUAACAUCUACAGAAGAAUCCGUGAUUGCUGGAAUAGACCUAUUUGUUCAGUGCCAGGAGCAGAGUUUGAAAUUUGUGAGAGAGAAACAAAUGACAGUGGUCUGACUUUUAGGUUCACGGGGAGGAAGAUUAAGGCUAUCAACAUGGGCUCCUAUAACUACCUGGGUUUUGCUCAAAGUGAGGGCCAGUGUGCUGAUGCUGCAGAGGAAGCCACCAGGAAAUAUGGCGUGGGAAUAUGUAGUACCAGACAAGAGCUAGGAUCAACGGAUAUUCACAAAGAACUAGAAGAUUUAGUGGCCAGGUUUGUUGGAUGUGAGGCAGCCAUCACCUUUGGUAUGGGGUUUGCUACUAACUCAAUGAACAUUCCCACCCUGAUGGGCAAAGGUACAUUAAUUCUUAGUGAUGAGUUAAAUCAUGCUUCCCUUGUCCUUGGAUCAAGACUGGCUGGGUGCCAAAUUCAGGUCUUCAAACACAAUGAUAUGGAUAGUUUAGAGACAAAAUUAAGAGAUGCAGUAGUGAAUGGGCAGCCCAGAACACACAGACCUUGGAAGAAGAUACUGAUAGUAGUAGAAGGAGUCUACAGCAUGGAAGGCUCUAUAGUUAAACUUCCUGAAGUGAUAAGACUAAAAAAGAAGUACAAGGCAUACCUGUAUUUAGAUGAGGCUCACAGUAUAGGUGCUAUUGGUCCCACUGGGCGAGGAAUUGUGGAGUAUUUUGGCUGUGAUCCCAAGGACGUAGACAUAAUGAUGGGGACGUUUACCAAAAGUUUUGGUGCAGCUGGAGGAUAUAUAGCAGGAACUAAGAGGCUGAUAGAUUACUUGCGCGUCCAUUCCCACAGUGCAAUCUAUGCAACCAGUAUGUCUGCGCCCGUCACACAGCAGGUGAUUACUUCCAUGAAGAUUAUCAUGGGGGAGGAUGGCACUGAUGAAGGGCAAAAAAGAAUUAAACAGCUUGCAUGGAAUACCCGUUAUUUCCGCCAGAAGUUGCAAGACAAAGGAUUGAUUGUAUAUGGCAACAAGGAUUCUCCCGUGGUCCCAAUGCUGCUAUUCCUGCCCGCCAAGAUCGCAGGAUUUGGUCGUGAGACACUGAAGCGUGGGUUAGGCACAGUUGUAGUAGGCUUCCCUGCCACUCCUAUCAUAGAGUCCAGGGCCAGGUUCUGUCUGUCAGCUGCCCACACCAAGGAGAUGCUGGACAAGUCUUUGAGCAUAAUAGAUGAAGUAGCCGACCUCAUUAGACUCAAAUAUUCACGAAUGCCACCGCCCAAAUUCUCCAUGGACGACCUGUAGGACAAAGUGACCUCGUAACUCACCUGCUGGGUUUCCCAUUAUGGAGGACAAAUAAAGAAAGAGCGACAUGACAAAUAGUAAAAUUGUUAAGAACUUGGAAUCCAUAGUCGAAUCCCUGUAAUAUAUGUAAAAAUUGUACAUAUUUUGUACCUGUAUGCUGUUCAUAGCUUCUGAUGAAAUUGUGGAUAAGUGUUAAGUUUUUUAUGAAUCCUUUUCAUAAUCUCUACUGCAAUGUUAGAAUGUUUAAAUCCUUGAGUUUCCUGAUUUUUAAAAAGAUGUCCCAGGUUAUUUUAUACUUACUUUUUUACGUGAAUUUCCACUAAGUUGUUAAUGGUUGUUGUUUGUUGUCUGGUAUCUGUACAUUACUCACGUUCCAAAAAGAAGAGAAAAAUGAUGCUAUAUUGAAUUCUUUGAUGAGUCUUGUGGAUAGACUAAUUUGAAGAUAGUUUCUUGUAUUUAUCCAUUUUGAAAGAGUUAUUUACUUAAGGUUACAAUUUACUGAUAUCUAGGAAUUGGAAGUAGACUGGGAGUUCAUGAGUUAAAGUUGAGAAGAAUACUUUUUCUUUUGUAAACAUCUGCUUACCCAGCCUCAGUUUGCAUGACAGUGUCAUGUUCAGCCUUUCUGUGCUCAUCUUUGCUUGGGGAUCUUCCUGAUUUUAGAGACAUUCAGAAAAAGUAAUGUUUUUUAAAUGAAUAGGUUACUUUUAUCAUCAGUUUUUUGUUGUUGUUUUUUCUACUGAGGUGAACCGUUCACCUGAGUGAAUGCUGUCAGUUACAUAUUAAUACAUAUUAUAUAUGGUCAUUUUAGGCUAUAUAGGGAAUUGUAUUUGUCAUUACUGGACCUGGAAGUGCCAUUCAGUGGAAGGGAUCAAAAUUUAUAACCAUGUCAAUUCAGGGAUCUUUUCUCAUAUAUGUAUGUACUUUGUGUGUAUUCUUCAUGUUAUUAUUAUUUUUUUAAUUCUGCCAUGACUGAAAAAGUUUGUGUGUGUGUUUGUAAUGUUUUAUUUAGAUAGCUAAAAUGUUUUGAAGCUAUGUCCAUGUGGCUUUCCUCUAUCAAUAUUACCAUAGCUACUGUUAUGAUUUUUUUUCAUAUAUAAUAGGUUUUUCUUAGCAUUUAGAAGCCAGUAUCAACAUGCAUCAACAAGCUAUUAGAAUGUUUAGCAUUUAGUUUAGAGCCUUGAAAGGUGCAGAUUUUUAGUUGCAUUGCUAACCAUGAAUACCAAAGUAAUAUCAAUCAUAUUUUUAUAAGAUUUCUUAUGGCAGCAAAUAAUUGUGUAUUAUUAUUCCUUUGGAAUAGAAUAAGAAUGAAAGCUGUAAAUUUAACAGUAAAUUUAACCAAGGCUUUGGACUUACAUUUUUGUAAAGAUAUCAGAAUAAAUAGU